AACAAACUCGUCUCAGUUUGUGGUCUGGGAAAGGAUUUUCGGUAAACUUUUAGGCUGUUUCUCCUGUGGCCUUAAGUAUUACCUUUCUUAUUCAUCAUGGCGAACCACAAUGAUAAACGGAGACAGUUGGAUGAUGAAAUGAGCAGGUUUGAGGCAGAGAUAUCAGGACCUCCUGGUAUUGGUGCAGUACCUCCUCUGCAGCCUCCACCAGCACCUCCCAGAGGGGUAAUAGGGGCAAAGACAUACACACAGGUCCAGCAGCGUCUCCAACAGCAGCAUCCUGAGCCUCCAGGGACAGGUGGUCCUCCUGGAAUGGGUGGCCCACCUGGCCCUCCUCAUGGCCCUCCUACUCUUCCCCCAGUCCCAGGGGGGCCAAAUAGCAACAGUGCUGUUGGGUACAUUGGUCCACAGAUGCCGGGUGGUAACAGCGGCAUGCCUCAGCAACAGCAGUCACGGCCGCCUCCCCCUCCUCCCCCUGGCUUCAUUCCCCCACAACUCAACCGACAACAUGUGCAUAAUAAUAUGAUGAAUGAUGGGCAUCAGAUGGGUCACAUGAUGGGUGGUGGCCCUCCUGGUUAUAUGAGGCCUCCAGGGCCACCUGGCCACCCUGGGCACCCAGGUCCACCAGGACCACACAGCUAUGGCCCACCAGGAGGCCCACCUGGCCCUCCAGGUCAUGGUCCUCCUAAUCCUGGUCCUCCUCGACCUCCAGGACCAGCUGGUCAUGUACCCUCUGGACCCCCAGGCAUGGGGCCCAUGAUUCCCCCUGGUCCCCCUGUUUCUCAUGGCUCACACUUGCCGCCAGGCUCCUCUGGGCCCUCUCCCCAGACAUUUGGGCCUCCAGGCUCCCAGGGGCCCUCCUCAAGGCCCUCCACAUGGGCCACCUGGCCCACCCCUUCGAGGGCCUCACCCCCCACCUCCUCCUCCACCUGGCAUGUUACAGUCACAACAACUGCAUGGGGCACCAGUGGCUGCUGCUCCCUUUCGUCCCGGCUGUUAUCUCCAAACCUCCAACUGUUAUCAGGUACACUAAUUCAUUCAGCUCCCAAGCUGUACACGUCCCAACCCUCCAAAAAUGAGGCCAAGCAAGUUGAAGUCCCGCCUGCAGGUCCCACCCCACAGAUGGUCAGUGUGAUGCCAGAUGGUCCCCCUGAACCCAAGAGGAAGAAACUUAACCCAGAUAUGAACAUGAUGGCUGCAGCACAAGCCAAUCAGCAGCUGACCCAUGCCCAGGAGAUGGCUGAAAAGGUUCGAGCAAGUACUGUAACCACCACAGUUUCAAAGCCUGAGAAUCCUAACCACAGGAAACCUAAAAAGAUGCUGAGAUGCGCAGGAGGACAGAUCUGGGAGGAUCAGUCUCUUACCGAUUGGGAUCCAGAUGAUUUCCGGAUAUUCUGUGGUGAUCUCGGUAAUGACGUUACCGAUGAGCUGCUCACACGCUACUUUAGCCAUUUUGCUUCCUUUGUCAAGGCAAAAGUUGUCAGAGACAAGCGCACCAAUAAAAGCAAAGGUUAUGGCUUCAUCAGCUUUAGUGAUCCCCAGGACUACAUUAGAGCAAUGAAAGAAAUGAAUGGGAAGUACGUCGGCUCGCGGCCCAUCAAGCUCCGCAAGAGCACGUGGAAGGACCGCAACGUGGACAUGGUGCAGAAGAAGCAGCGGGAGAAACAGCUGUUGGGACUCAAGUAGAUCGGAACGUUGGGGAACGUCUUUGGGGUUUUCCACAACGGGUCCCCUUACGUACCAGACUCGGGAGAGAGUGAUGGGGGGGAGAGAGGGUUGAAGGAGAUGCAUAAUAGAUAUAACUUGUAUUUUGUUUAUCAUUUUUAUUAUCAUUUAUAGAACACAAGGUGGAAGACAAUCAAACUCACGAAAUCCAGGUAUGAUGAAUUGAUUAGUGUUGUGAGAGCAUCAUCGAAAACUAUGUUUGGUGAUAUUAUUAUUUCUGUUUUCAUUAUGUUUUACAGGACUAAGUUUUACGGAACUUAGACGCCUCCCCCUUAACACCCAAAGUGCAAAUCGGCAAAUAGUGUACAUAGACCAUAAAGCUCUACGUGAGAAGGUGAAUGGAGAGCGCGAUUGUGAGGCUGAAGACAUGCAUUGUACAUAGUGUGUGAAACGGUGCCUCACACUGCCUUUGUUUUUAUCACGUGUUUUCCUAACGUAAGGGACACUGGGCCAUGCAACAGGUCUAGGCUAAUCUGAAAUGUGUUUUAUGGUUUGGCGUAGGAUGAUACUGUUACGUAGCAUUAUUUAUCGCCUAAAUAUAUAAUGUAUAAUGUACAUAUUAAAUAAUCCUAUUUUUAUAAGUGCCUACCAGCCCCCACCUUUGCCGGUGGAAGAUUGCUUCACCCUUGGUCGCAGGGGGAAAAAAGCGAGGAUUUCGCUAGACUCCUCCGUUUUAGUGUCUAAUGUAUUAUUGUAUUCGACUGUUUUUUUACGGCGAAUACGACGGAAGACCACUUCUGCCGCAGCCGCCACUUUCAGGUCCCGAGUCUGAAUCGAUAAACGCUGAUGUUAAGUUGUAUUUAUAGACAAAAUAAAAUAUAACAACAUCG